AUGGAGAGAGACUUGGUGAUGCCGUCGUGGGUGAUGGAGGUGGCGGCGUACGGCGGUGCAAUGGAGAGCUCGCCAUCACGCAGUCGCAGCAGCAGCGGGUGCCAGUCCGGCUGGACGCUCUACCUGGACCACUCCAAUGGGAAUGGGAUGCGAUACCUCCCCUGCGACGACCCCGCCGCCCAGAGGUGGAUGAUGCUGCAGGAGGACGACGACGUGGAGGACUCCAUGGCCUCCGACGCGUCCUCCGGGCCGCGCCUGCUCGACCAAGAGGACGACACGCGUCGAGACUUCGAGCAGCGCCCGCAAGGAUACAUCGGCCAGCACAGCUACUCCAGCAGUGUUCACUAUUGCAGUGCGAGUAGUGAUGGCUCCGGCGGCUUCGGUUCUUCGACGUGGUCCAGCUCCCGCAGCUCGCCGGGCGGGGUGAAGGGCCACGUCGGGAGGAGGGGCGUCGUCGUCCACGGCGGUGAGGCGACGACGCGCCAGUACCGCGAAAUCGUCAUCGACGAGGAGGACGAACUCGACGACACGGCGAGCUCGCCGUCUGCCGUUUUCUGCAAUCCCGUGGCCAUGGUGCACGUUAAUUUCUCCAGCUGCAGAAAGCACCAGCGCAGCUCGCACGAGUUACGCAAUAUAUAG